AUGGAUAAUGGAGGCUGGGGCCAUAGGAUGACUACUCCUGUUACCUUAAACGUAGGAGGUCACCUUUACACGACCAGCUUGUCCACACUGCAGCGUUAUCCGGAUUCCAUGCUGGGGGCCAUGUUCCGGGGAGACUUCCCGACAGCCCGCGAUUCCCAAGGAAAUUACUUCAUUGACCGCGACGGAACGCUUUUCAGGUACAUCCUGAACUUUUUGCGGACUUCGGAACUCACCCUCCCAGCCGACUUUACAGAGACUGACCUACUUAGGAAAGAGGCAGACUUCUACCAGAUCGAACCCUUGAUACAUUGCUUAAGUGAUCCCAAGCCGCUGUAUCCUCCGGACAUCUUUGAGCAGGUUGUGGAACUUUCCAGCACCCGCAAACUGUCCAAAUAUUCCAACCCAGUAGCUGUUAUCAUCACACAGUUAACCAUAACGACGAAGGUCCAUGCCCUGCUGGAGGGCAUUUCCAACAACUUCACCAAGUGGAACAAACACAUGAUGGACACCAGAGACUGCCAGGUGUCCUUCACCUUCGGGCCGUGUGACUAUCAUCAGGAGGUGUCCCUGCGAGUUCACCUCAUGGACUACAUCAUGAAACAAGGCUUCACCAUACGGAACACGCGUGUCCACCACAUGAGCGAGCGGGCCAAUGAAAACACUGUAGAGCACCACUGGACUUUCUGUAGACCGGCACAAAUAGUGGAAGACUGA